UAAAAAAUCCCGCAAAGCAAAACAGGGAAUUUUUAAUUUUCUCUUCAACCAAAACCCUCGCCUGUCUUUCUCUCAAUAGAGCAAAGCAGGAAGAAGGAAAAAAAAUGGGGAAAAUAACGUACAAGAGGCUGAGGGGAAGCCUAAACAUGAGGCAAAGGCUGCUCUUAGCCACUCUGAAAUCAACUCCGAUUCUCAUAGAAGACAUCCACGCCGACGACACCUUACCGGGUCUCCGACCACACGAGAUUUCCCUCCUCCGUCUCUUUGAAAAGCUCACCGAUGACUGCCACAUUGAAAUCAACGAAACUGGUACCAAAUUGAAGUACAAGCCUGGGAUUAUAGUGGGAGGGAGUAAUCUGGUGCAUGAUUGCGGUGUUAGUAGAGCAAUUGGGUAUUUUUUGGAGCCUUUGAUUUUGCUUGGAUUGUUUGCUAGGAAGCCCCUCUAUAUAAUCCUAAAAGGGAUUACUAAUGAUGCUAAGGACCCCUCUGUCGAUACAUUCCGUUCCACCACCUUUCCCAUGUUGAAGCGUUUUGGGGUUCCUUCAGAAGGAUUGAAGUUGGAAAUAAAGAGUCGCGGAGUUUCACCUCAUGGUGGUGGUGAAGUUCAUUUGACAGUUCCUACUGUUCAGCAACUAACAGCAACCAUGUGGAUUGAUGAAGGAAUGGUUAAGAGAAUUAGAGGGGAAGCUUUCACUACUAGAGUGAGUGUUCAGCUUGGAAAUGAGAUGAUAUAUGCUGCUCGUGGAAUUUUUAAUCGUUUGCUUCCAGAUGUUUAUAUCGCUAGUGAUUAUAGAAAACGCUCAGAGGCUGGAAACUCACCUGGAUAUGGAAUUUCACUAAUUGCCGAAACUACUUCUGGUUGCUGCAUCUCUGCUGAUUCUACAGUUUCUUAUCCACGAGGGGAAGAAGAAGAUGAUAUUGAAGGUGAGGACAAGAAAGAGCUGAUUCCUGCAGCUGAUUUUGGUGAGCAAAUUGCUUCUGUUCUUCUCGAAGAAAUUGAGAAAGGUGGAGUGGUGGAUUCAACUCACCAGGGUUUGUUAUUUCUUCUCUGUGCGCUUUGUCCAAAAGAUGUCUCAAAGGUUCGUGUGGGAAAGCUCUCGCCUUAUGGAAUAGAAACACUCAGACAAAUCAAAGAUUUUCUAGAUGUUCAGUUUGUGAUUAAGCCAGAUCCAUCCACGGGGACGGUAAUCCUUAAAUGUUGGGGUUCUGGGAUGAAGAACCUGUCCAGAAAGACGUCGUGAUAACAUGGUGUAGCAAUGGAGAUUUUAGAUGUAAUUGGCUACAUUUCCUGUAAAAGUUCUCGCAGAGGGCUAUGAAUACCCUAGUGGCAGGGAAUGUGAUUUUCUAGCUAUAUAUCCGUGACCUAUCAGAUGGUAAAAGAAAGUUUUUGUUUUUGAAAAUUCAAUUACCCGACAUUUUAUGAUACUAAAUCCAGUUAUUUUAUGAACGUUUGUUUUGUAUCAGAGAUAUGCAGCGAUGCUGGUUGAUUUUCAUUAUUGAGCCACUUUUUGUAACACAAUAUGUCCUCGUACAAUGUCUUUAAAUAAAUAAAUUAUUAUCUUAUGUCAUAGAAUAUUAAUUUGGAUGAAAUACACG